UGCCCAGUGCUGUUGCUGGGACGUCAUGGCAAGUUUGGGCCGGGCAGGGGGUGACAGAAAGGAAAAUGUACCUCCUCGCCUGAGGCGCUGCUCCGGAGGAGAGCAAACAAAUAUUCAGAAGAAUGUGAAUAUUGAUCUGUUUUUGAGUGCUAGAAGUCAAGUAGACAUUUCUCAUCACUGGCACGAGCCUGCUGCAUUCAGUGUAGAUCACAACCAGAGAGCAGGACAGAGCCGGCUGUGUACUGCACCUCUGCCAGCUGGGGAGAGAAAUCUCAGGCUGAUACAGACUAAUCUCCCCUGCCCUUCUCAGACACUUCGGGACACCACCAGCCAGCUCUCCAAUUCCUGCUUCCAGCAGCAGAAUAAUCUCUGCUCGAGACUGCAGCAGCACAGCUCUAAGGAUUUGGCUUAUAGCACUCCCUGUCUUGCAUUGUCAGUGCUCCCUGCUGUGGAUCUUCCUUGGAGACCCUCUUGCCUUUAUGCUGAUAGUUUAGAAGGAAGAAGGAGUGAGAGUGUUUGCCUCCCUCAGCAAUACCAUCAGAGAGCAAAGACAGGUGGUUGCUGCUCCAUACAUUCUAAUUGCCAUUUUUCGGAAAGAAGGAACAAACAUAGUAAAUAUCCAGUGGACAAGCAACAGUGCUGGUCUCUUGCUGCUUCUUUUAUGGCUCAUGGGAAUCCUUCACAUUUACCAUCUAAUACUGUAGAUCCCCUUCUUGGGAACAAAUCAGUGGAACACCUGUCUUUAAGCUGCUGCAGGGAAAGUGUGAACUCUUUUUGUUGUGCUUCAGCCCUUUCCUUGGGAGAUCUCAGGCCAUCUAGCCUGGCAGAGUCUUUUCCGAACUCUGCCUCCCUUCAGUCACUUCUCGAUUCCUCACAGACUUCUGCCGAUUUGCACUGUUCAAUCCAGAGGCUUAAACAGGAAGCUGUUUGGAUGGGGUUAUGGGGCUCCCUCCCUCUGGAGCCCUUGCGCUCUCCAGCAAAUAGCAGUCUGUGCUUUUCUCAUGAUGAUUCAGCUCCUGGUGUCCUGAGCUCAGGAGAACAGCUAGCCGGAGUAAGUACCCAUGCUGCUCAAGCGAGAUUGAAAUGGAAUGUCCCAUUUGCUAAAGACUGGAACCUUGGUGCAGUGCCAAGUGACUUUUGUUGUGCUGAACCUGCCUCUGUCUCUCACAGAUACAGACAUACUGACUCACACAUGUGGAGAACCAAACUUUCAGGCAACAUCCAGCAAGAAACCCUCUCUGCUGCAGUGGGCUCUGGCUGGCUAGUGGAUGCAGAAGCAGAUUCUUCCUGUAAUUGUUCCCCUUGUUUCAGAUACCAGGCAAAGUCAGCUCUGGAAACUGGAAGGUUUUAUGUUCACAAAAGAAAUCAUUCUUCUGAAAAGAUAUUUAAAAGAGAAAAGAAAUUUGAUGGGACACACCCACGUGCUGUAUUUUGGAAAAAAGACUUUCCAUCCAGUCUAUAUCCAGAAGGUCUGCAGGUGGCACUGGAGAAACAGUUAGAGGGUGCUCAGGUGAAUGGUGGUGUAGCCAUACAUGGAACUCCAAGGGAAAUGUGCAUGAGAGUCACUUCCCCUUCUGGAGAUAGAGAGUUUGGGUCAGUCGAGCAGCUUGGUAUUAAAUAUGUAGAAGUCAGCACCUCUGAACCUCAUGGUGAAUCCAGCAAAGAGUUGCAAGAGAUGUGUGAUACUAGAUUGCAAGCAACCAGAAGAAUGACUGUAGUGGACAGCAGCAAGUCCAGCCCUUUCAGUAAGCAGGCUCAAACAAUCUUUGAUGAAUUUCCUGACAUAGAUAGUGUGAAUCUGAACAGAGAAGGAGGAAAAAACAAACCUUCUUGCCAGCACAGAGGGAGGAACUGGGAACCUGACACCAAUGUGGACCAGUCUGGAGGGCCUUCUGUGGAGAGAAGUGCCAGCAAACCACAGUGUUGGGAAGAAGGCAGCCAGAUGCAGGAAACGGUGUCCCGUGAGGUGAGAGUGUGCUAA